AACUGGUUUUAUGUCUGAAAGGGUAUGUCCAAUUAAGGUCCUUCAUAUUGCAGGACAAUCUGGUUACUAUGCAUGAUAUACUAGAUGCUAAGUGGCUUUAUGACAAUAGGCGAGAUGAGACUUACUUGCGUCGUGUUAUUAUGCCUCUCGAAAAGCUGCUGAUCAAACACAAACGGAUUAUGCUUAAAGAUACUGCCGUGUGCGCUAUUUGCUUCGGUGCGAAACUUAUGUUGCCUGGCGUACUCCGUUACGACAACGACAUCAAUGUCAACGAUGAAAUAGUCCUAAUGACUACCAAAGGCGAAGCCGUAGCUCUUGCUGUUGCACUAAUGACUACUGCAACAAUCGCGACGUGUGACCAUGGAUUAGUCGCAAAACUGAAAAGAGUGAUAAUGGAGCGUGAUCUCUAUCCUCGCCAGUGGGGUCGUGGUCCUGUUUCCAUGGAAAGGAAAAAACUCGUUGCCCAAGGUUUACUUAAAAAGUUUUCCAAAUCUGACGGUGUGACGAAUACUUCGAACUCUGUUGGAUUGAAAACCAAGAUGGAAGCAAGUGAAGCUGGGGAGGCUGUAACAAGGCGAAUUAAAGCACCAAAUCCUUCCGACUCAAGCGACGAUGAAAUGGCAAGCAAAAAUUUGAACGAUCACGACGGUCAGGAUACGGGAGCUGAAGAAUCAUCAUCCGACGACAGUGACUGACUCCAUUUUUCAGAGCUUUAAUUAAAUUGUAUAUUUUUCCGC